AUGUUGCAACGCGUGAACCCACCCCUGGUCCCUUGCGCAGCACGCCGCAGGAAGACUCAUCAUCGAAGAGUGGCUUGUGCUUGUCUUGCACUUCAGCCGUACUGA